AUGUGGAGUCUACACGGUGGAUCAUCCUCAGAUUUUGACUUGAAAGAAGUUUAUAAAUUGCCAGAUGUUGUUCAAGAAUGUAACCUAGAUGUUAAUUAUGAGACUAGUGACCAAGAAAGUGAAUUAGAAGAUAAUUCUGAUGAAGUUCUUGAAGAAGAGCUUGGUAAAGGUAUUGGUGUGCAGCAAGAUGAGAUUAAAGCUCAAUUUCAUUAUGAUGAUGAUUAUUUAGUUGUCAUAAAAAAGGACAUAUUCGAAAUAGCUCCAGAUGAAGAUGAUCUUGAUGGGUUUUGA